AUGACGGGCAAAGUAAUAACAUUUAAACAGAAUCAACCACCAGAAUUCUCAACCCAUCGCGUAUUUGAGAAUAAUGGUGCAAUGUCACUCGAUGAAUUCAUUAAAAAGCAAUUAGAUUCAACGAUUAUUGAUAUCCCUCCAGGAACUUACACUAUUCAAGCUAGAAUAACACAAUCCAUGCAUUUAAGAGGCACAGAAGGUGUUAUUUUUGUAGGGACUGGAAGAGAUGACGUUAUAGUUUCAACCUCAAAAUAUUUAAUUGUUGAAAAUAUUCAUUUUGAUCAGAAAGGUGUUAAUAAAGGCAGUGCAAUUCGCAUCAACAGUGGCUACACACGUGUUAUUAACUGCGUUUUAGAAGGAAACUCCACUUUAUUAAAUCCAAUCAUCCACAACAACGGUACUCUUGAAUGUUAUUCCAGCAAAUUAAUCGGAUCGAACUUAGCAUGCUUACUACUUGAUCCAAAGAGUAGUGCAUACUGCGAAAGGUGCUUUAUUGGAAAAUCAAAUCAAAACGGCAUCACGUGUAAGACUCAAUCAAGCCUUUUCAUCAACCAGACGAGAGUUACGAAUAACCAAACCAUGGGUAUCCUUAUUCAGGACUAUUCCACAGGUAUUAUUUUGAAUUCCAUCAUUUCCAACAAUAAAUUUACAGGUAUACAAGCUAAUAUGAACGAACUCGUAAUCAUAAAGAACUCUAAAGUAUCAGAUAACAAUACUUUCGGUCUAGAAAUCAAGCAAGGAAAUGUUAUCGCAAUUCAAUCGACAAUUAUCAAUAAUGAUCGCGGAGCAGUCAUUUGCGCUGUAAAGUCUACAUUUAAGUCUCAACAAUGCAAGUACGGAAACAGUCCUCAAGGCCAAAUUGUUCAUUUAAAGGAAUCUACAGUUGAAUUAGACCAUGAUGAGAUCUUUGGAACAGCUGCUGCAGCAGGUAUCGCAAUCGACAACGUUUUUGGCUUCACAGGCUCGAAUUUGAAGGUUCAUGAUGUCCAAGCUUCAGGAAUUAUAGCAAUCGGCAAGAAUAAGGUCAAUUUAUUCAAUUCUGAGAUAGAAAAGACCAAAUACAAUGGUUUUGAGAUGAAAGGUGGCGAAAUGCAACUCAAAAAUGUCAAAUUCGCCCAAAUUGGCAACAUCGCUCUCAAUUUCGCCGGAGCUCCAACAGGUGUUUUCGAUGGAUGCAUAUUUACGCACAAUUGCAACGAUUUACAGCUUGCUGGAGGAAAUCUUCAGUUUAUUAAUUCGACAUUUGAAUAUGCGACAAAAGCUUCGACACUUUUACAGAAAACAGCGAAAACUACAUUUGAAAACUGCAAUUUCAAUGCGGUUUGCGAAGCUCUUGUUGCUAUUUACGAUCAAAAUACAGAAUCUUCUUUCACAAACUGCGAUUUCAUAGCAGGAGGUGAUGUUGCUGUUCAUAUUGCAUCGAAUGCAGCUGCUACAUUUACUCAUUGCCACGGAUUAUUUAGUCCUCGACCUGAUAUCACGCAAUCGAGGAAGACUCCUGAAGGAAAAGGCUUCAUGGUCGAUCAGUCAGCAGCUACGUUCAAUAAUUGCGACAUUUCUUCGUUCAUGUCUGCGAUUUAUUUCGCAAAUGGCGCAAAAGGCGACGUUGAGUACUGUACGAUCUCAAAUACAUUGGCCGAUGGACUUAAAGUACAAGAUAACAACACAUAUGUUAAGAUUAGCAACACAUCUUUCUCAUCAAUCAAGAAAUAUUCACUUUUUGCUAGUAAAUACUCGAAAGUCGAAUGCGAUAAGUGCACAUUCCGCGGUGGCCAGAUCAAUGUCGUAUCAACAAUGGAUUCUAGUAUUGAAUUAAAUGCAUGCGAAAUUACCGCCAGCGUUUCAGGCGAAUCUACACUUGCAACAAAAAGAGGAAGCCUUACAUUCACAGAUUGCGUCAUUUCAGAUGAAUCUGUCCUUGGAAUUAAGGCUAUUGAAAAUUCAAGCAUAACUGCCAUCAAAACUAAUAUAUUCCGAUGCUCAAUGCUCGGCAUAUUCCUUUCCCAGGGCAGUUCUUUGCUCGCUGAAUUCUCUUCUUUCGAUUCAAACGGAAAUUACGGAAUUGCCAUGCAGGAUUCUUGCAAAGCAACAGUGAGAAACUGCGCAUUUACUAACCACAAUACAGCUGCCAUUUUGAAUUCGAAUUCAGAGCUCGUAAACAGCGACAAUCAGUUUGUUGACAACCCACAAUCUAUACAGGAAGCAUAA